AUGUUCCUGUGGACUAAGCAAUUUUUCUUCUCUUCCUUUAGAGCUGUAGGUAAAACCUGCCUACUGAUCAGUUACACAACCAAUGCCUUUCCUGGAGAGUAUAUCCCCACUGUCUUUGACAACUAUUCUGCCAAUGUUAUGGUAGAUGGAAAACCCGUGAAUCUGGGAUUAUGGGAUACCGCUGGACAAGAAGAUUAUGACAGAUUACGCCCCCUGUCCUAUCCGCAAACAGAUGUCUUCUUAAUUUGCUUUUCUCUUGUGAGUCCUGCAUCAUUUGAAAAUGUCCGUGCAAAGUGGUAUCCUGAAGUGCGGCACCAUUGUCCCAAUACUCCCAUCAUCCUGGUGGGGACUAAACUUGAUCUUAGGGAUGAUAAAGACACAAUUGAGAAGCUGAAGGAGAAGAAGCUGACGCCCAUCACCUACCCACAAGGCUUAGCCAUGGCUAAGGAGAUUGGUGCUGUGAAAUACCUGGAGUGCUCAGCUCUCACACAGCGGGGCCUCAAGACAGUGUUUGACGAAGCUAUUCGAGCGGUUCUCUGCCCACCUCCUGUCAAGAAGAGGAAGAGAAAAUGCCUGCUGUUGUAAAUCUCCGAGCCUUGCCUGCCCUUUGUAUGCUUUGCUCAAAAAAACGGUGGAGCCUUUGCACUCAAUGCCAAGUUUUUGUUACAGAUUAGUUUCUCCAUAAAACCAUUUUGAACCAAUCAGUAAUUUUAAGAUUUUGUUUAAAGAGUUCAAACUUUCACAUCCUAUUAAAAUUUAGCCCUAAAACACGCUUUCUUAAAGCCUUAUUUUUCAAAAACCCUUAUUCCUGUUCAUAUUAAGAGUUGCCAAAAUACUUUGUAAACUAAGUUGCAUUGUUGUGCUAAGAACACUAAGCACUAAACUGUUUUAAGACCUUUGUCUUCAAGAAGAUUGUAGCUUCUGAAGUUAGGAAACACAGACACUUUUUAAGUAGUUUGAGAUAGGAAAAACAGGACAGCCUCCUUCAUAAAAUGUUGCCAUUUAAUGCACCAAUAAUUUAUCAUGUUCAUGACCUAACAUUGUACUGUAUGUCAUCAUGGAAUGAGUGUAACAACUCAACUCUUUGGAUGAGUCUUUUUGCUUUCGUAGUGAAAUUAAGAAAAACUGUUAGUGUAUUAGCUUUUGCUCAUAUUUUGAACAGAACUCUUACUCACGUGUUCCCUCGAAGUAUUUCUGCUCUCGCCAGGGUGCACUGGGUGGAGUGUGCGGAACACUUGAUGUGAUUGAUCAAAGGAUGAAGACAGUAUUUUGACAAAAUACAGAGUGGAGAUUAAUUUACACUGCAUUGUACAUGUAACGAUUAAAACGAGUAAGCGUCACGGGUGAAAAAUUUUCAAGCUUAAUUUCUGUCAGAUGCAGGUAGAUGAUGAAGAAAGGUUGGUAUUAUCAGUGUUUUCUUAUACUUUUUCUUAAACCUGUCAUCCCUCCCUAAAAUGGGCGUUUUUAAUUUGUCUUUAAAUGGUCAUUCCUAUAGUUGCUAACUUAGUGCUUUUCUUAUAGAACCCUUCUUAAUGAGCAAUAUGCCUCCUUGUAUAAUAAAAUCUUUCUGAUAAUGCAUUAGACUUUAUUUUGUAGAUUAGUAAAAGUGCAUUCCUGUUUUCAUGAUACUUUAUUCAAAGCUUAAUAAGUGCUUUCCUUAGUUUUCUAGUAACUAGGUGUAAAAAUCAUGUGUUGCAGCUCUACAGUUUUUUAAAUAUUUUAGAUAAACUAUGAACCUUCUAACAUCACUGUCUUGCCAGAUCACCAACACUGUACCUUGACUAAUAUUGCCUCCUGCCUCACUCACCAGACACGCUUCCUGUCACUAUUCUAACACCACUCCUUUGGGUCUGAGGUUCUGUGAAGCCCGUGCUCACACUAACAGAGUUCUGUACAACUUACUCACUGGCGAGAAUACAAGGGUUGGACCAUUCAACCACUAGAACAAAAUUUUUUAAUUGACAGUUGCAGAAUUGUGGAGUGUUUUUACAUUGAUCUUUUUGCUAAUGCAAUUAGCAGUAUGUUUUGCAUGUAUGACUUAAUAAAUCCUUGAAUCAUA